CUGGCUUUUGGAGCUCAAGACUCUUCCUGAGCACUUUCAGGGAGGACACAAAGAAGGGUUUUGGAACCAUUGUUUCCUCGUCACACAGCAACUUAAAAUGCCGAGGAAUAUCGUCGUGAUCUUUGGAGCCUCAAAUAUACUUUGGAUGGUGUUUGCCGUUUCUCAAAAUGUUAAAGUCGAGAUCUUCCCUGAAGACAAAAUGAUUGCGCAGAUUGGUGACUCCGCUUCCCUGACUUGCAGCGCACCGGACUGCGAGUCCUCCCUGUCUUUCUCUUGGAGAACUCAGAUAGACAGUCCUCUGAAUGGAAAAGUGAAAACUAACGGGACCAGAUCCACGCUGGUCAUGAAUCCCGUUAGUUUUGAGAAUGAACACUCCUAUCUGUGCACAGUCUCCUGCGGGAAGAAAGGGGAAAGAGGAAUCCAAGUGGAGAUCUACUCUUUCCCCAAGGACCCAGAGAUUCACUGGAGUAGCCUUCCAGAAGUUGGGAAGCCAGUUACAGUCAGGUGUCUGGUGCCUGACGUUUACCCGGUUGAAAAGUUGGAGAUAGAAUUACUGAAGGACAACCAUUCCAUGGUGUCCCAGAACUUUCUGGAGCUUAUAGACAUAAAGUCCAAGGAAACGAAGAGUUUGGAAUUUACCUUUACUCCUACCGAAGAGGAUAUUGGGAAAGCUAUUGUUUGUCAAGCUACAUUAAUCAUUGAUGGUCAGCCCUCAGUAAAGACAACACCAGAAAAAAUGCAAGUCUACAUCUCACCCAAGGACCCAGUUAUAUCUGUGAAUCCCUCCACAAGCCUACAAGAAGGUGACUCCGUGAUGAUGACAUGUACCAGUGAAGGUCUACCAGCUCCACAGAUUUCCUGGAGCAAGAAAUUAGAUAAUGGAGAUCAACAGCUCCUUUCUGGGAAUGCAACUCUCACUUUAAUUGCUAUGAGGAUGGAAGAUUCUGGAAUUUACGUGUGCGAGGGAGUUAAUCCGGUUGGGACAAACAGAAAAGAGGUGGAAUUAACUGUUCAAGUUGCUCCCAGGGAUACGACCAUCUCCGUCAACCCCUCCUCCACCCUGGAGGAGGGCAGUUCUGUGAACAUGACCUGCUCUAGUGAUGGCUUUCCAGCUCCGAAAAUCCUCUGGAGCAAGAAGCUGAGGGAUGGGAAUCUAGAGCCUCUUUCUGAGAAUACAACUCUCACCUUGACAUCUACAAAAAUGGAAGAUUCCGGUAUUUAUGUGUGUGAAGGGAUUAACCAGGCUGGAAUAAACAGAAAAGAAGUUGAAUUAAUUAUCCAAGCUGCUCCAAAAGAUCUACAACUUACAGCUUUUCCUUCUGAGAGCGUCAAGGAAGGGGACACUGUCAUUAUCUCCUGUACAUGUGGAAAUGUCCCCCCGACUUUGAUAAUCCUGAAGAAAAAAGCAGAGACAGGCGACACGGUGCUAAAGUCUACCGAUGGUGCAUAUACCAUCCACAGGGCCCGGCUAGCGGAUGCAGGUGUAUACGAAUGUGAAUCCAAGAAUGAAAUUGGCUUGCAAUUAAGAAGUAUAACGCUUGACGUGAAAGGAAGAGAAAGUAACAAGGACUAUUUUUCUUCUGAACUUCUCGUGCUCUAUUGUGCAUCCUCCUUAAUAAUACCUGCCAUCGGGGUGAUUAUUUACUUUGCUAGAAAAGCCAACAUGAGAGGGUCAUAUAGUCUUGUAGACGCUCAAAAAUCAAAAGUGUAGCUGAUGUUUGAAGUGUUCAACCAGAGACAUUAUUUAUCAGUUCAAAUCCUCAAUACUGCUCAUCAUUCCACAAGGAAAACAACAAGCUGGGAGUCCAGACUUUGAAUGCAGUGAACUCUUGGAAAGACAUGGCUGCCUAUGCCCUUGCGGUGUGCACGAAGCCAAAGGAAAACGGCUUUCUCAAAAAUAGGCACUACCCCUGAGAUAUGGUGACUGGGGUGGUGUCAUGAAGUGUAUGUACAAUAACGUGAUUUGUAUAUAUGUAAAAUAAAAUUAUGCCAUAGGAAGAUCGCCUGCAAUAUCAGCCCUCCAUAGUCACAUUUCUAAAAUUAUCAGUGUUGCUUGGACUGAUCGUUAUAACUUAAUGCAUCUUAAUAUGACUGGCACUUUUUAAUAUUUUAUGUCAUCUUUUUAAUAUUUUGUUACGACUUUUCAAUAUUUUAUUUCCUUUAACAAUAUUUGAUUCCUAUAAAGGUCAUGGACAACAAUUUCAUGUUUUGUAAAGAUGCCAGGGUUUUAGAUUGUUACAGGCAAAUGAUAAACCAAGAAAGAACUGGGUUGACUUUCAGGUACUAAGCACUUCAACCUAUGGUGUAAUGGUUGACUGGAUUUCUCCGGAUGGUACUGCCAUGGUACGGAGUUUUUUUAUGAUGUUGUUUGUUCAUCAGACUCUUGUGUAACUUUCUCUAUGUGGUCUAAAAGUACAACCUCUUUCGAUUUUCUUUUGUAAAUGUUUAGGGUUUUUUUUGUAUAGUAAAGUGAUAAUUUCUGAAA